AAGAGGAUCUUGGAACGCAGAACCGGAAGUGCAUGCGUUCCAGCUUUAGGUGCUGACAGAAUGGGCCCGUUUUUACGGGUUCUGGUUACCUGCUCUGCGUUAUGUCUGCUUCUGUUAUCUGUAGUUCGAGGAAGCCAGAGUGAUCCAGAAGUUGACAGUAAAUCAUUCAUUCCUCUUAGCCAGGAAACAGAGUCUUUUUUAUCAGAAAAUAUUGAAGAUGUCCAUAUACAUGAACCUAUUCAAUACAAGACUGCUGAAAUUGCAGAUGCCAUGCAGAGUACGGAUAUUCAGACUGACCCUGUUGUGCUCCUUUCUAUGGUUCCUGGACAAAUCAGAGACAAAGCAGAAGUAGAUGCUACAGUAUCAGUUUGCAAUGGUGCAAAAGAUGGUGUAGAUUGUGGUGCAUCAGAGAAAGACCCUGCAGAUGCUAAUGAGAGGACAAAAAGCCAAACGAAUGAGUCAUUACCAGAGGAGUUAAAAACAGAGGAAUCCAACACAACAGAUAAUGGCAAGGCCCUAAAAGUGAACUGUGAGGAGCGAAACAUUACUGGGAUUGAAAAUUUCACAUUACAAAUCCUUAAUGUUUCUCAGGACUUAAUGGAGUUUCUGAAUCCUAACAGCAGUGAGUGUACCCUUGCUUUAUUCUACAUUCCUUGGUGUCGCUUUUCUGCAAGUUUGGCUCCACACUUUAAUUCACUGCCACGGGCGUUCCCUACAUUACAUUUUGUGGCCUUAGACGCUUCCCAGCAUAGUAGUUUAUCAACUCGAUUUGGUACAGUAGCUGUUCCAAAUAUUCUGCUUUUCCAAGGAGCUAAGCCUAUGGCCAGAUUUAAUCACACUGAACGGACCUUUGAUGCACUAAAAGCUUUCAUAUAUAACCAGUCAGGCAUUGAAGCUAAACCGGAUAUAGUCAUUUCCGAAGCUGACUGUGAAGGCCCACUACCUUGUGAACCAAUUGAAGGAAUUGACUGGUUGCUUGUAUUCUCUUGUCUUUAUGUUACCAUCUUCAUAUUAUAUGCAACUGUGCAGACAGAGAGUAUUCGCUGGCUUAUACCUGGUCAGGAACAUGAACACCAGGAAUGACGCAUUAUAGUAAUGUUUAAGAAACACCUGCAAAUAUUGUUUCCACUAAGAAAGAGACUUAUAUGUAUAAAACACUGCAGUUAUUUAUAGACUUUAGAUGAUUAUCAAUGUGUAGAAAAUUCCACAAACAAAUAAGAUAUUGCUUGCCUUUGAGUCAGCUUCGUCAGAAAUGUCAUAUUGGUUCAAGUAUUCAAGAGGGAUAUUGUCAUGUGCCUUUAUUGUUGGCACUCAAGUCCGGAAAUUUAAAUGAAUAGUGCUUGAAUCUGUUUUAUUGUUCCAUGGAAUACAGGACUUUUCUUGUUUGUGGAUAUAAUUCCCAUUAGAAAAAUAACAUCACAGAAAGUGGACGGUGAUGUACAGUGAACAAAAUGGGAGCAGAUAACAUAGUGACCGCAGAGAGAAGUUAUGAAUUAAUUUUGUACUAAAAGAUGACCUUUUUGAUUUUUACAGGAAUUCAUGAGUUUGUCCAUUACCUAUAAAAAUGGUAACCUAGUUGAAGUCGCUUGAAUAACAUUAACUUAAACAUGACAGCAGGAUAACAAUUAAAUAAAAAGUAAGAAUUCCUGACUCUGA